AUGACAGGAUCCACGGAGGCGGAGGCGCAGAAGGAGACAACCACCGCCCACGACACUAAUGCGGAAGCCACGCCCACCCCCAUGGACGCAUCGGCCGCUGCCAACGACACUGAUUCCGCCGCCCCCGCCGCCGCCUCUACAGGAGAGGAUAAACCCGCGGCGAAAGAUGCUGCCGUUGUAGAGGAUAAGCCCGCCGCAGAUGCUGCGCCUGUUGCGGCUGUGGCGGGUGCUGGUGCGGAGAGCAAGGCGGGAGAGGGUGGGGCGGACAAGGGCGAAGCGGGCGAGGGAGAGAAGAAGACCGCGGCUUUCAGCCCCGCCACCCGCGCAGAGAUCCUCCGCCAGGUGGAGUACUAUCUGAGCGACAGCAACCUGCCGCGCGACCGCUUCAUGCAGGAGAAGCUGCAGGAAGGCAACGGAUUCGUGCCGCUGGCGCUGCUGUGCACGUUCUCCCGCAUGCGCAAGCACCUGGGCGUGCUCCCCGACGCGCCCGUGCCCGCGCACCUCGUGCGCGCCACCUACGAGGUGCUCCAGGCGUCCACCUUCCUCAAGUUCUCCGAAGAUGGCAAGCUGGUGGGGCGCGAGGGGGAGGUGGCGAUGGGGGAGGAGCGCAUAGCGGAGAUCAACGCGCGGUCGCUGUUCGCGGAGCCCUUCCAGUGGAACUCCACGCUCGACGACAUCCACGCCUUCUUCUCCUCGCUCGGGCCGGUGAAGAGUGUGUGCAUGAGGCGCCAUCCGGCGUCCAAGGCGUUCAAGGGGUCCGUGUACGUGGAGUUUGACAGUGAAGACGCCAUGCGCCUCGUCGCUGCCAAGACGGACGUUCUCUUCAACGGCGCCACCUUGCUGCUGCAGCCCAAGAACCAGUGGUUGCAGCAGGCGAGGGAGGAGUGGCAGAAACGAGUGGCUGAGAAGGGAGAGGAAGCCGGGCGGUUCGAGGCAGAGGAUGGCGACAUGGACCUUCGUCCUCCUGCCAAGGCAAGGCGCGUGGAGGAGGGCGGAGAGAGAGGCGCGGACGGGGAGGGCGCGCAGGGCGGAGAGGGCGCGGACGCGGAGGGGGAGGAGGAUGAGGAGGAGGAUGCGUAUCCCAAGGGGUUGAUUCUGGGGUAUACUAUCGUGGUGCCUGGUGGUGGUGAUGGGGAUGGUGCUGGGGAGAAGGGGAAGGGGGAUGAUGGGGGGAAAGAUGGGGUGGGUAAUGGGGAGGUGAAGAAGGAAGAAGAGGAGAAGAAGGGAGUGAAUGGGAAGAAGGAAGGAGAGGAGAAGAAGGAAGGGGAUGAAGAGAUGGCGGAUGCAGCAGCGGUGGAGAAGAAAGCAGAAGAGGAAGGGAAGAAUGCAGAGGAGAGUGUAAAGGAAGGGGAGAAGGUGGAAGGGGCAAUGGAGGGGAAAGAGGAUGAGAAGAAAGAAGAGGACGAGAAAAAGGAUGGGGAGAAGGCAGAAGAGAAGGCAGAGGAUAAGCCGGAGGAGAAGGCGGAGGGAGAGAAGAAGGAUGCGGAGGGGGAGGCACUGGGCAAGAGGAAGCGGGAGGAGCGGGUUGUGGCAGAAGGGGUGACCCGAGAGGAGUGCCGCUUCGUGUUUGAAAAGUUUGGCAUCGUUAAGUUUGUGGAGUACAAGGCAGGCGACUUGACUGGCUUCAUCCGCUUUGAGACGCCUGAGGGGCCCAUCAAGGCCAACAACAAGGCCAAGUCCGCGCCUGCUGCACUCACCAUCAAGGGCUAUCCUGUCACUGUCAACAUUCUCGAUGAGGUGGUGGCAGGGGGUGGAGGGGAGGCAGGGGUGGGAGAGGAGGGCGGGGGAGAGGUGGAGGUCGGUGGGGGAGGAGAGAUGGGCACGGAGGAGGAGGUAGGGGAGGUGGCGGAGGAGGGAGGGGAGGAGGGAGGGGGGGAAGCCAUCAGAGGUUUGAUGAAUGAGAGAAUACACGUGGCUGAAUGCUGGUCUUUUGGGGGGAUGGCGGUAUGGUGGACAAUGGCACAGGGGGUGGCUGUGUACUGCUCCUGA